GUUGAUUCUUCUUAAAUUGAAGUGGGACAGAUUUUUUGUCAACAAAACAAUCACAUUUAAUGAAAAAUAUUGUACGGCGUGGAGUGUAUAAUGGGAAACUUGAGAAGUUGAUGGGCGUUUUGUAGUAAAUCUCUUCAGUUCACUACGACUGCCACUAAAAUUCGUGUGCAGUGAUGCCACGCAAAAAGAGUCGUGAACUAGCCCGGUUGAGCAGGAAGGGCGAUAGCCAGUCAAGAGAGGAAAAUAAACCAGUCAAGGGUCGAUCACCAUCACUAGAGUUGUCUCACCUGCCAGUUGACCUCUGUGCUUCGAAUCAUGGGGCUUAUUCUACCAGUCCAGAGAAGCGAGCCAUUCCAAAGCCAGAAACAGACAAGUACAGACGUCGUCACUAUAUUGCCAGCCCUAGGCUUGAAGUAGAGGAGAGAGUUGAAGAUGACAACAAUGACAUGGAGCAAUCGGGAAAUGUUGUCCAGAGGAGUGGUAGCAGAUCUCAGUGUAAUGCAUCUCACUCUAUAUAUGGACAUCGAUCUCAAACCCGAUCAUCUUCAUUGACACGCUCAUCAUCAAAAUCACAGCCAGAUGAACCCCAAACAAAACCAAGUGGUUCAAGAUAUGUUAGACAACACAGGAGGAGUAGAAGUUGUUCCGCAGAUGACAGUUUUGAUGAUGCUAGUAGUUUUGAUGAUGCUAGUAGUUUUGAUGAUGAUGCUAGUAGUUUUGAUGAUGAUGCUAGUAGUUUUGAUGGUGGUGAAGAAGAAACAUUAAGCAGUGGAGAUGAGGAUGUGAUUGUGCAUUUGUGUCAGUUCUGUGAACGCUCAUUCAGCAGUCCUGAUAAGCUGAACUACCAUUACACUAAACAUUUCAAAUCAUUCAAAGAUCUCAACACAUUCCUGAACAGCCAGAAAGGGUUUCUCAACCCGAGUGUGGCUUCAAAGACUGGCAGUAAAGGAAGAAAUGUUAAACACAAAGAGGAUACUAGUAGUGGGAAAGGCAAGGGGAAAUCUGGUGCUAAGGUGAGCUUUGGUGGUGUUGAAUUGGGGCAAGAGGCAAAUGAUGCAGAAAAUGAGAGUGAAGUUGAAAUGGAAAUGAACUUGUGUGACGAUAAAGAUGCUAUGCUAAAUGCGAAAGGGAGAAAGAGGAAACAUAACAAUGUUUCAAAAUGGAGAGUUAAGAAAAGUUUCAAUAAAAAGAUCAGAAAAGAAAGUCAGUACGAUACUCUACUGGAAGAGACUGCAGAUGGAAAUGACACUGCUGAUGAUGAUGAUGAUAACUACAAUGGAGAAACUGCUGAAUACCACUUCGUAGAAAACAAUGGUAAACGAAUGAAAAUACGAAAAGUGGACAUAGUGAUGGCUACACAUGUGAACAAGACAACUCCUGUGUCUUCUUGCUUUGAUGUUCCGGAGACAAACCGAAAGUAUUUGCAGUGUAUUGGAGGUGUAGCAAGUAGAACAAGAUCAAGGUCAAGGUCAAGGACCAGAGAAAUUGCCUCGGACAUGGAGUCAGAUUGUGAGAGUGACAAUGCAAGUGUGUACUCAGAUUUUGAGCCCACUUUGACUUAUACUGGUUUGUGUUUGAAAUCUAAAAGUACCAGUACUGAAAGGCCGAGGGCCAAAAAGAACAUUACAGUGGAUAAAAGUGUGAAGAACAAUUCAGGAAAAACUGUGUCUUAUUCACCAAAAGGAAAUUUGGCUGAUGAUAGUGAUGUAACCUAUGAAGAAAGUGCAUCUAGUGAUAAUAGCUUCAAUAGUAUGUAUGAUUGUGUUAAAAGGAGGACAAGGUCUCGAUCAAGAAGUGCACAAAGAAGUGAUGAAGGGUCUGAGGAUGAUACAAGAAGAAGAUAUCGAUCUCGAAGUAGAUCCCGAGGUGGGGAAACACAUAGAGUGAGAAAAUCACGGAGUAGAACAAGAGCUUCUGACAAUAAGGAUAGCCCCUGUAAAUUUACAUCAGGAAUGAUAGAUAUGCCGCAAAGUAAAGGGAAAGUCCCAUUGAAGCCAAGGGGAAGAAAUGUCAUUAAAAAACAAACCAGUGAAAACUCUGUUCCUAGAUCAAGGUCGAAAAGUCCAAAUGUAUCAAAAAAACAAAAUAUUGGAGAAAAUGAACCCUUAGUGGUAAUAACAAAACUCAAUCUAAAAGCUGUCUCUGAAUCAAAAGCAAAGAAGCAAUCAAAAAAGGAAAGCUGUCAAAAGGGUUCACAGACCCAAAGAAUGAAGGAAUUAAAAUCAGAAUCAAAGAAAAAGUCUCUGCCUAAGUCUCAAAUAGGUACUUUCAGGCAAAAGAAAGCUCCAAAGGAAAAGACUGCUGAAAGUGAACUUAUUGAUAAUGACAUUGAUGAGAUUUGCAGUGUUUCUUCUGAUUUUGAAACUGUUACUGAUACUGAGAGAAUGCUUAGUGAAAUGUCAGACUCAGAGAAUGAGAUAAGUCCCUCACAGGAAUUCAAGUCCCUUCGGGAAUUUUCUCCACUGGCUCAAAGACGGGGAAGAAGUAGAACCAGAAAACCUGUUUUGAUGAAAAAAUUGAUGGAAAAAGAAAGUGAAACAUCUAGAAGUGGAUCGAUUAUCAAACAAAGCUCAAAGAUAAAUAAUGACAUUUCUUAUGUUACAAACAUCUACUUGCAAGGUACACAACAAAAAGUCCCUGGGGGAAAGAACCUAGAACAUGUACGGAAACUGAUAAGUAUUGAAACAGAAAGUGAUACUGAUAAUGAGGACAGUGUGAGUGAAAUAUCUUAUAAAUAUAGAGAUGAGAGUGAGAGUGAAUCUGAAAUGGCUAUGAAUAGGAGGGCAAGGAGUAGAAGUCGUGGCAGACCAAGAAAGAAGCUUUUCGAGACAAACAAAUCCACUGAACAUAUCCAAGCAAGAGAGGUCUCCAGUGAAAGAACAAAAAAGAUAUCUGAAGUGCCAGAUAUAGUUUAUGAACGGCCAAGAACAAGAAGCAUGAGUCGAAGUAGAGAUGAUAUAAUUCAGAGAAAAGAGGAUACUGAAAAUGUGGAAAAUAAUGUUAUAAAACUGCCAUUCAAAAAAUAUGGAAUACCUGUAGACAAGCGGCAUUCUUUAGAUAUGCGAGGUGGUGAAUACCAGACAGAUGAUGUCAAUGACCAACUCAGUGAUGGUGUGGAAGAAAGAAGAGCUGUUUCUACUGAAGUCAAAGCAUACAAGCCUAAAGCGGAAUGUAAAGAAAGAAACAUGAUGCCUAAAGAAAGAAAAAAUGUGAAACCGAAAUCACCAAAAAAUGGGAAAAGAGGAAGAAAAAGAAAAAACAUUGAAGAAGAGACCAAGUAUGUUGAUGAUCCCAAGAAAGGUGAAAGUAUUAAAGGAAUUGGCAAGGAUUAUACUAGUGAGUCGUGUGAUGUAGAAGAGAAACUAGUCAAGUACAAACCUGAUCAUUCAAAAAAGGGACUGAAAGCAAUACAAAUCAAAGACUUUAUUUCACCAGUUCGUGACACACAUGAUCAGUCAAGUGCAAAUAUUGUAGAGAAAAGAGAAGAAAAAAUAUUCAAAGAGACAAGAGAAGUUGUAUCUUCUGAGCGCAAAAAGUCAUAUAUGGAAAACACUGAUUCAUGCCAAUUUUCAAAAGCUACAAGCAAGGAAUCUGAUGGAGAUUUGAGUGACAACAGCAUCAAGGUCAAUGUUUCCAAAUACCUAGAAAUCUUUCCAGUACCAGGAUGUUCAACACAACUUUUGUCUCCAUUGAAAUCAAAACCAGUACCAGUCGAAAGACAUGGAGCCCAAUCUGUUUUGUCUAGCAAAAGUAAUAUAUUUGAUAUUAUGCAACACAAGAACCGCAAUAUAGAUCUCAAGGAAGAAGAUUUUUGUGAUAUAAGAGAUAGACUGCUAGAUGACACUAACAGUACAGGUGGUGUAAGUUUUGAUGACUCAUUAGCUCCAGAAAAGGCAUGUGAUCUGCUGAACCAGUCAGGAUUUAAUGUUCAGUUUCUUGGUCAAGGGUUUGAUGAUUCUAGUUCAGAUAUAUUCAUAAUGAAAACACCGAAAAGUCCUCCAGCUGAUCCGAUCUCAAAAUGUAUUGAAUAUGUCAAUGCCAUUCCUUCUGACGGUGAAAGUGAAGUAUCAGAAGUCAAGAGUGACAUCUGUUUAGGUAUGUGCAGUGUCCCAACUGACUCCAACUUGAGCAAGUAUCUUGAAACACAAAAUCAAUGGAAGCAAUCAAUUCAGACUGAAUUUCCAGGUAAAGGAGCAAAUUCAUCACCAAAGAAAAAAACAGUCUCGCCAAGGAGUAAACCAGAUGACAACAGACUUAGUCACGGUUUAGAUAAAGAAGCAAUUGUUCAGAAGUAUAAAAAACAGCUUGAUUUUAAGAAAGAAAACCCUGAAGUGGUGAUAACAAGUAUGAAUGUAACAUGUGAGGUAACCAAACCAGCUACUUUUUUGUUACCUCAGAGUGCUAUAACAGAGCAAACUGAUACUUCUAAUGCAGAGAAAGGAAUUGUACAUGAACUGUAUGAAAGAGAUGAACAGGAGAACAGUUACUUCUCCGGAUCUGACUCCGGUAUUGGAUCAACGGAUGUUACUAGUGGUAAAGCCCAGAUUGACAUGCCCCAAGUGAUAAUGAUAAGCCAAUGUGAGGUGUGUAAUUGGAGGUUCAGAAGUCUGGCAGACAUUCAGAACCACUGGCAGAGGACAGGGCAUGUAAACCUGACCAGGGCGCCACUAUCUCAUGAUCUCAUGCAUGGAACAAAUGAAGAAGCUACAACGCCAUCUGUUACAUUAGAAAAGGAUACACCCUCAUCUUUGAAUGUUAAUACGAAUCCAGAUGUGUUUGUCAAUGACAUUGAAGCCGGCACAAAAUUGGUGAAUGGUGAUCAUUUAUCUCCUAUGGAGGAAGAAACAGUAAACAAGUCUAAUGAAAAGGCUGAAAAUGGUGAAAAUCAUGACAGAAUAGUUUUGAAAUUGAAUAUUAAGAAUUUAAAAGAUGCUCAAAAAUGUGAUGAUGAAAACAAUGUCACAGCUGAAAGAGGAGCUGAACCAAUGGGACUAGGGAUUGUAGGUAUUAAGGAGGACAGAAAGAUACUUUAUUCCGAGAAAGUUCCAGCAGAUACAAAUGAACAUUUAACAUCAGACAAAGUCAAAGGUAUUUGUCAGAUUUGUAAAAAGUUUUUCCGAGUGAAGAAUCUCGCAAAACAUAGAAUUAGGUGUAACCUGAAAAGGAUUGAAAAGAAAUUUGUAACUGAUAAAUCUGUUUUAGAGACAGCGAACUUAAAUGAGACAUUUGAAAGUUCUGACUUAAGUGAAGUGUCCUUCUUGUCUUCUGCUAGUUUGGACCCAGAACCACCAAAAUAUAAACAAGCCAACCUAGAGUUGAAAAAAGAUCAAUACCAUGGUGAAAAAGAAUCAGAGAAAAAAGCUGUUAUCAAAGAAUUGAAAUCAAGACGUUUGAAGAUUAAGUUGGAAAAAAUACCUCUGUCUUCUGUAGAGACAUUUGAUGGAUUAUCAUUACAAUUUGCAGGGAGUGUGAAUAAACCAGUAUGGAGAGUUAAAUCACAUUCUAAAGUUGUGACGAAAUCUGAAAAGAAAGAAACCAUCAUCGAAAAGGAGGACUCAAAGAUAAAGUUUGUUAGUCUAUUGAAAGAAACUGAAAACUUGGACAAAUCAGAGAAGAAAACUAGUACUGAUAAUGGAUGGAACUUUGAGCCAGAGCAUUCUGAAAUUGCUCAUGAUGACAAGGAAUUAAUGAUGCAAAGAGCAAAUAACGAGCAGAAAAUAACUGAAUCAUCUCCAAGAGAUAAGAAAGAACCAGUGACUAUCACAGAUAAAAGUGAGGUCAAUAAAAAACUAUCUAUUAAGUCAGAUCAAUGUUGUGCAAGGGAUAAGAUGAAAGAAAAAGAAAGAGUUCUAACAGAAUUCGAAAAGGCCUUACAGAUCGAACAUGACUUGACUCAAAGGAAAUCACUUAAGCCAUUUAAGUCUGAGAAAAGGCAGCCAAGUAAAGAAAGCAAGGAUGAAUAUAGGAAAAGAAGUCUGAGUAGAGAUGGCAGAAGUAGCUACAUGGAUGGAAAGGGCAAGCAAGAUGAUCAUCAUGAAGGAAUUAAAGGGAUUGAUAUUGUGAAGAAAAAUGUUAAUACUGAAAAGGAAUCUAAACACAGAUUAAGUGAAGAAAGGGUGGCGGAUACUUUAAAACAAAGUUCAAAAUCAGAUACCCAUAUCAGAAGUAAAAAGCAUGGACACAGGUCUUCUGAGGUGAGGUCACAUUUACACAAUAAAACUAGUCCAAAAUCCAAAAAUCUUCUUCCAACUGUUAAACAUGAUGAUUUUGAAAAGGCACUACAAAGAGUAAGCAAAAUUAAAAGCCCAGGUGAACCAGAUAAUAACGAGCCAGAGAUAAAACGAAAACUGUUUCGUGUUUCACAGAGUGAGUUAUAUGAAGGCGAUGGCACACCUGAAGAGAAGAAGAUGAAAAUGAGCCAGAGUUCAGUAUCAUCCUCAAGACUUGCACAAACAAUUAUAAAGAAACAUGAGACGGAGAAUAAGAAGCAGGUGAUUUGUGAAGAUGGACUUCCUGAUUUUUCCAAGAUGACAUUUCCUCUUCAACCAUUGCCAGGGAUGUGUUCAAAUGUUGAGGAUAUCAUAGAAAAUGAGAUCAAGUCGUUUGAAGGAGUUUCAUCUGGGGUUAAAGUAGCUCAACAAGUAGAAACUGCAAGAAAGUCAGUUGAACUAGUUGCAACCGAAAUAAAGUCAUUAGAAGAAUUUCCAAGUGAGAUGAAUGGAUUUGAAGUUAACUCAAAUAAAGAAGAUUCGACUGGCUUUCAUUUGAAACAAAAUUAUUUGGUUUCUGAUGGAGCAGAAAGUGUAGUAAGUACAAUUACUGCUUCUGAUGAAUCGAUUCUAGAGUCGGUCAAUCUGCUUAACUCAAUUGUAGAAGAUUCAAACAAAUAUGUUGAAUCAACUCCAGAGAAAAAACGUGCUACUGAUAGUCUUGCUAUUAGGCAAACAGAAUGUCCAGAUGCUGUAACAAAAAUAAUGGCUUUUAUAAGAAAAUCAACCCAAACCGAAAGUCAAUUAAAAGAAAUUUGUAAACAAAGAAGUGUUGCUGAAACUGAUAAAAUGGGUUCGAAUAUUUCUGUUCAGAGUGAUCGGUCUUUCAGCAGUUGCAAAUCAGAAUCCGUUAAAAACCAAGCAAUCAAAGACCUGAAAAAUAAUUUGGAAUCUCUUGGGAUUGUAAAAGAUUCAGCUAAGCCAUGUAUACGACAGGUUAUGUCAACAUUCACUGGAGGUUCGGUAUUUAAAUCCAGUUGUGCUUCAAACAUUUCUGGUCAGUCAACCUUUCCACCUUCAAACAUGUCAGCUUCUUUCACAUUAGAAUCCAACAAUGAUGCUUAUCUUGGAAAGACACAUGCUGUGGUGAAACAGAGAUCACCCAGUGAUAGGUUAGACCUAGACAAUUAUGAAAAUAGCCAAGAACCAAGUUGUUCAAGUUUUCAAAUUGUUGCUAAGAAAAGAUUCUCAGCAUUUGACAGAUUAGGAAAAAAGAUAAAAGAUGUCGAGAACAUGUCAGAAGUGAAUGAUCCACCUGGCUCUGUACACAGUAGCCCUUCUGUCCGGAGUGUGGUAAAGUGCCAUGGUAGUCCACAGGUGACCAGUCCAGGGACAUCCAUUGGAGGGAGUCUUCUGGUGUCACCUCCACUGAAGAAAAGGCGGAUUCAGAUGAUCACAUUAGAUCUGCAGACAGGCAUUGGAAGCCCGCAGCUAACAAACAUGACAGCUUCUGAGGAAUCAGGUGUUGGAGCAGCCAAGCUUGGUAUUGGAAUGAAUAUUAAAGCCCCACUUGCAUUGCUAGGGAGCUCACUAGAUGAAAGUGGACUUGACUAUAAUGAUUCUAGCUUGAUAUCAGAGACCUCUUCAAAAAAUGGGUACCAGGAUGUCAGCACAAACGUGGGUGUUGUGGGAUCCAUGGAUCCCAGUACCCAACAUAGCUCUGGAAAUCAUGAGACACUGACAAGAUCUACUUUGGACGAACACAAUUCUGCAAGAGCAAACUUAGAGUGUACUUUCAAACCAAUCUGUGCGAAUACCAAUAUGGACACUAAUGAAAAAGCUGAUCAGAGUGUUUUAAAAAAUGGGCAAGAGGAAAGAAAUUCUGCUUCAAAUUGUGUUCAAAGUGAAGCUACAUCAAGGGACGACCCUGUUGUAGGGGAAGCUCAAAAUGAAGCCAAUCAGACAUUGAGUAAAGAAGUACACACUGACAGUGUUGCAAUGUCUAAUUCUGCUUUGGGAGAAUUACCAAGUGAAACUGUUCACACAUCGAGUACAGAGGUUCAAUAUGAUGAGAAUAAUGAUGAAGAGGGUGAUGUGUUCCAAUAUAGUGAUAUAAGUGAUGCAGACGAUGAACAUAGUAGAAGUGGAAGAAGAGAUGAAACGUUGGGAAAAAUGAAAAAGAGUAAACAUAUGAUUAGUGGAAAGUUAAGUGUUAUGUUGAAGCCCUUGGAUACAAAACCCGGAUUGAAUGAAGGUGAUAAUGGCUGUGGUGUAAUAAGUGUUGUUAAUGAUAAAGUUGGUGAUAAGAAUGAAGCAAUUGUUGAAACAUUGGAAGUUUUAGCAGCGGUUACUGAAAAAGAUGAACAAAAAGCAAUGAAUAACAUUGAUCCUACUUUGAGUACAUACAUUAUUAGCUGUGAAAGUGAUAAUCUGCAAAAUGGAAUUCCUGGAUUAAAUACAAAUUUAAACAGGUCCCUAAUUUGUCAAGGUAAUUUAGGUACAUCUCUGUACAAUUCGCCAAAGCUUCUUGGUCCUGGUAAACUAUCGAGUCCAUAUUCAUCACCAGCAAGUUCAGAGAAAUUCAGUGCAUCACCCAAAACUGAGGAAUCAAGCCCUAGGGUUGGGUCAGAGGGAGAGCUUAUCCCUGGGAAGGGCUUGGAGGGUAAAGUGUCAGACAGGGCCUUGGAAAAAGGGGAAGAGGGAGAGGAUUUUCUGGAUUUGUAUGCAUCAGAUGAAGAGGCGGAGUUCCUUAACGAGCCCAUCUAUGAUGAUGGUUCUAAAAAUGCAACAACAAAGUCUACUCCCGUUCAUUCAAGGAAGAAGGCCAGUGUAAAAUGUUCACCUCCUCAGAAGAGUUUACAGGAGGCAUGCAGCCCAAAAGUGAGGCCAACCCUGAAGCGUUCAUUGUCUGCUCCUGACAGUCCCGCCAGCGGAGGGGUCAACUUUGGGGUCACACGGGUUGUGUCUGGGCUCAAUAAAGGGGCCACAGAGGUCUAUAGUCACCAGUUUCAGCAACUCGGACAAGCUAGGGCCGUCUCUGUGCCCCCAAUAAAUAGCUGUAUUGCCAGUACAGGUCGUGAGAAGCUGAGUCGUUGGAUGCCCCGUGGCUGGUGUUUCCGCAGGUUCAACAAUAUGAAGUGUUUUUCUCUGCCAUGUAGCUUCAACCACGAGGAACCACCCACUGAUGUGUUGCUGUCCCCUGCUAACCUUUCUACCCUCUCAAACUUCUGCCAAAAUGGAGAUAUUGACAAAGCUGUUACAAUGCUCCAUAGCCACAUGGUGUACCAGGAUGUGAUCUCCACUGACGACCUUUCUGCCCUCUUCCUUCACUGUAGCCAUAGAAACCACCACCACCACUGCUGCAAGCUUCUGCCCCUCCUGGUGGAGAAGCAAUGUGCUGUACAACAGUUACUUGAUGAGAUGGUGUCAAUGUGCAGGCAGCAGCCACCCUCUCCACCCAUCACACAGUUGCUAUGGGCAACCAUCAACCUAGCCAAACAACAUCAAAUCAAAUUGGCCGAGUCGUCAGUUUUAGCUAUACUCGGGUGUUUUGAGCAGAUGUGUGCGUGGGCAUGGUACUGGGAAACCGUCUGUUGGGUUGUCAGUGGAGCAGGUACGCACCAACCAAUGAAAAAGAUGCAUUUGGGGGUGAAGGUGGCACUCAACAGACAUGUGCAGACAGCAUUGCAGGUGGCACUCAACAAUCCAGAUAAUCUAAUAUAUCCGGCUGUUAAACUGCUAGACACAAUGGAAACAGAUCAAUUGCAUAGCCUAGAUGAACAGGUAUUCCAAAACCUAAUGGCCAUGUUUGCGGCCCAGGAGGUGGACACGAGAAGAUUUGUGUAUGCCCGCUCGUUGAACCUUCCCGGCACAAGGCAGUCACCAUACAUGCUUAUUGCUACCAAGCUGGAUACCCCUGGGAGGAGUUUUACUCCUACAGACUUCUUGAACGUAUCAACCCCUUCACCUGGACAGUUCGAGAACCAGCCUGGUGAAUCAGGGACUGGUACACAGGAUGGGAAAGGGAAAAGUGAUGGAAAUGAAGACAGAAGCUUUAAAGCAGUAGUGGCCAAAAUAGAGCAUGCUGGAGAGGUGUUAGACUGGGGUAAAAUGGCGUGCAUAUAUAUCGACCAGUGUCAGCAUUCCUCCCCGAUGGACUCCCGCCUGUUACACGAGUUUCAGAAGGCGUUCCUGCGGUCAUCCCUGUCUGUGAUUGGUCACACUUGGGAUGACUUCUAUCGACAAGUUAUCCAGAUAAACAAAAACAAGUUGUGUGAGGACCCCAACCUUGAGGUUGACGUGGGAGGGCUGAGUUCACUAGGCCGUAAGUUGUUCUGUGAGGCAUACAGGGCCCAGGAGUGGAAUCAGGCAUUCUGGGUUCUCCUGGUGUGUCAGAAUAGGGGCUGCUCUUUCCUGGGACCUACCCCCGCUUGGAGUCUCAAGCCAAGAACCAGGAAUGGAGGGAGUGGGGCCCCUGCCGAAGAACGUGUUGGUCUGGAGCAGGGCAAUAUCUGUCUAAUGGCUCUUGCCAUAGAUUGCUGUCUGAAGGCGGAUAAUCCUAAAUUAGCAUCUCGACUAGUCAAUGAAACAGCAAUCAAGGAUUACCCUAGUGAGGCCAGGGCAGAGAUAGUUUCACAGUUCACCAGUCUUCUACAACAGCUGUGUGCCUGCUCCUUGCUUCAGGAGGCCUUCCAUGUGCUCAAAACUGCAACGAGCCUCAUGUUUCAAGCAGGAAGUGAAAUGGUGCAUUCAGAUGAAUUUGAUGUGUCUGAGACUGGCGGGGACCUGUUGCUCUGUUGUCUACGGCAAGAGCAGAUCGACCUCGCCCUCAAGGUAUAUCACCUGCUUCGUGGCCUUCAGGUGCCCGCCCGUAUUCAUGACGACGUGAACCGCUCAGUCCUCAACGCUCUUGCACGCAUGGGAAAGCCAGACAUGGCACGGGAAGUCUACCACCAGCUGCAGGAUACCAUUCUGUUUAAGGAGCAGAGUCUCAAGUCCCCAAGGUGUAUAGUUCUCCAUCAAAGCAACUCUCGUGAGGAGAUAACUCUGAUUGUAAACAAGUACCUUUCCACGCUGUACAGGAAAUUCUCGGAUCAUCUUCGUAGUAACAAGCCCCUGUCAAGAGACAAACUCCUCCUGACAGUUACCUUUAACCCAGACACGAGGUUCUGUCCAAAUAGGCAGAAGUUACCAUACCUCCCAAGUUACCCAGUCACCCUGAAGGAAGUGCAACAGUUGCUAGGGCGACCAGACCAUGUUACACCUCCCUUGACCUCUGAACUUGAUGGGGAGCAGCUAUUGGUGGAGCCCAGGAGUCUAGAGGAACAUCUGCGGGCCUUGCAUGAUGCAUGCGACGUUGAUGUUAACAUCUCUGAACAAAAAGUUGCUAUACAUAAACAACUGGACAUCCAAAAUAUUCCCAUGAGCCCAGAGGUGCACUUACCAAGUGGUGGGCUCAGUUCUCCACAAGCCCAGGAUACGCAUUUUCCCAAUGAAGGGUCAAACACUUCAUCCAUUUUAUUCUCUGACUGUGGCAGCCAUCUUGUCAACGUUUCCUCGAGUGGGGAGGAGCAGGAUCUUUUCUCUUUGACACCAAUGUCAACCGAUUGUGCUGUUCAACCUGUUGCUAUGAAUACAGAUGAGGUUCAUGCUGUUGCUACAAAUACAAAUGAGCUUUACACUGUUGCUGUGGAUACAAAUGGGGUUCACUCUGUUGCUACAAAAACAAAUUGGGUAAAUACUGUUGCUACGGACACAGAUGAGCUUAACACUGUUGCGAUGGAUACAGAUGGUGCCCACACUGUUGCUAUGGACAUAGAUUGCAUUCACACUGUUUCUAGAGAUACAGACGAGGUUCACACUGUUGCUUCUGAUUCACACAGAGUUUGUACUGUUGCUAUGGAUACAGACAAAACUCAAGGUUUUUCAUCCAUCAUUCCGGAAGUGUGUGAUAAUAAGGAUGAGGGGGAUCAAGUAUUGCAACCAUCAAACUGUGAGAGAACCUUUGCUACCACCAAGAACCUCAAUGAUAAUGUCUCUACCUUGCCAGGACUGGAAAUAAAUGGUGAACAUACAUGUUUUUCGGGACAAGAGUGUUUACAACAUGUGGUGUCAAGUCAGAAUCAUCAAGAACCGUGGCAGGAAAAAGUGAUAUAUGCUAACAUGGCCCAUGAUAUUUCAAAAGGUAUGAAAACAGCUACUCAUGGUGUUAAAUCUGAUGCUAUGUUUGCAUCAUCAUAUUCUCCUGCGACAUGUUUACCAUCACUUACUGAUACCGUACCAAAUGUUCAUAGUUUAGACACUAGUGACCAUGAUCGAUCAAUCAGUAUUGCAAGUUCAGAUGUAGAUCCCUCGUCUCCUGCCAUAUCUGGGGAAGGCAUGUUACUGUCACCACUCUCUCGACCAAGUAGCUGUAGUACAGACUUGGAUGAUGAGGAGGAUGUGGACGUCCGGGACAAACCACCUGCACUUGUUAUUCACAGAGUGUACGGAAUAUUCUCAUCAGAAAAUGAUUCUUGAUAAUAUGUUAGCUUUGCUCAAAUUUUUAGGCAAUAUCAUAUUUGUCAGAUUGUUGAUCCUUGGUGUUUAUCACUUUGAGUUGCUUGCGUAUAGUCCAUAUCGCUCGAGACCGCAGGUUGAGUGCAAUGUAUCAUUACGCAAUCAAUGAGAAGUAAUAUAAUUCUACUGAUCCACUGACUAACAUAUUAUUUAUUUAUUCCUAUAAAGUGUUAUGAAAUAAAAGUAGUUUUGUUAAAAAAGCAUUUUAACUUGACCACAAGAAAACCUUUUCCUUCUGCAUUAUAUUUUGAGAGUAGAUAUUCCCCUGCUUACAAGUCUCUACUGUGUGAUACCGAUUCAGAAAUAUGUAAUACUUUCUCAGGGAUCCCCACAGUCAGGGAAAAGUCAAGAAGUUUUUAAAUUGGUUAGUGAAAUAUGGAAAAUGAGCAAAAGAAAGAAUGGGUAAAUAGUGCCCAUUCUAAAUCUAAAAAUUGUUUUUCAAAGAACAAUUCUCAAGGUAAACAGUUAUUGAGUCAGAGUCAAGGUCACUCUUUAUAUACGUCUUCCUGUUCAGGUUAAGGUCACUCUUUGUAUACGCCUGUCUGUUCAAGUCAAGGUCACUCUUUGUAUACGCCUUCCUGCUCAGGUCAAGGUCAAGGUCACUCUUAAAAUAAGUUUUCCUGUUCAGGUCAAGGUCACUCUUUAUAUAUGCCUUUCUGUUCAGGUCAAGGCCAAGGUCGCUCUUUAUAUAUGCCUUCCUGAUCAAAGAAAUGGUAUUUUGGUUCAAGGUGAUAGUCAUGUACACUCAAAAAUGAUGUUAGUUGAAUAAGGGUCAAGGGCAUUCUUAUUACUGUUUUUCUUAGUUAUAUGUUAGUUUAUUGAUAAAAGGUCAAGGUCUUUUUAAUUACAGACUGUUUUUUCUCUGAGAAAGAGACUUGGUUAUGAGCAUUUGUAAGGUCACACAUAUUUUAAAUUUUCCUUUCAAACAAAUACUCUUAGUACGGAUCUACACAUUGUCCAAGACCAAUUGACAUGGUCAUAGUGUAUUAAGGAGACUGUAUGCAUUUGGAUAUAUUGCGAGGUGAUUUCAAUGGCUGAAACAUGAUAUUUACAAGGGACUUUUUAUUUUAACAGAAAUUAAUGGUUGAGUCUGGACAACAUUAUGUCAUCCUCGGCACCCCAGCGUAUCAUAGCCUAUAUAUAGGUUAUGAUACGCUGGGGAGCCUAGUAUGCAUUAUGUAAACAUUACAUAAAUGAUAUUAUGAAGAAUCAUUUUAUCUUGUGUAUGUUCGUUCUAGUCAUAAACCAUGUGUUUUAUAUGAAAACGUUCAAACUUUCUAGAGGACACUAAAAUAAAAUCGAGGUCUAUGUAUAUUCAAUUUUUAUCCGAAUUAUGCCCUUUAUGAUUUGAUACUUGUAUUUCUAAAUAGGCUGUCAAUAAGAAAUAUACAAAUAUUUUAUGUAAAUUUCUAUCGAUAAUUCGCUAUCUAUUUAGUUUGGCAUAUAAAAACUGGCUAGUGUUGCAUAAUGGCUAUGUCAUACAUUUUAUUAAUAGUGUAUCCUUUCCAGCAAGUACACAUUAUUAAUUUUUAUGAUUUUGGGUUUUUCAGGUAAAAAUGGAAGAAUUUGUAACUCUUUUACUUCGAUUUUCCAUUCAUGGAGUUCGGCCAAAUCAUAAUACGUCACUAUACAUAAAAACACAAAAACAGAAAUCUGAAAAUUGAAAUAUGCAAACAUUCGAAUAAUAAACUGGUGUCAACAUAAUCAAAGGAUUUUCGCGUCACAUCGAAUGUGCUAGAAUCUUCAGCCAUUUUUCCAAAUAAUGGGACAAUAACUAUAAAAAGAAUUCUUAGGACUUGAACACCUUUCCCCAUUGGAAAAGAUCCUCAAACCAACAACUUCUGUUAAGGAUGUACAUAGGACAAUUGAACAAAUCAGUGAAAUUGAAAUCAACGAUGAUUUGAGGGUAAUAUUUGAAGACAUGUCCCUGUUGGAAACAUCAACUGCAGUUCAAAUAGCCUUAUUUCGUGAUUAAGGUCGAUACAAUUGAGGAAAUGGAUAUUGAAACAAUUGAAGAUAUAAUACAGAAAAUUUCAUCUGUGUGAGAUUAUCUUAAAUCAGUAAAUCAAAUUGAAACAAUGUCAAAUUCACAACCCUUCUAGCAGAGAGAAAGUUGCCAUUUUUUUAUCAUCAUCAUCAUCAUCAUCAUCAUCAUCAUCAUCAUCAUCAUCAUCAUCAUCAUCAUCAUCAUCAACAAAUCAUCAACAAAAAAUUGUCAAACUGAGCCAUUUCUUUUUGCUGUAUGAAAUACUAUAAAAAAAUAUAUAUGUGGCUAAUUUUCAUGCUAGAACAUUAUUCUCUCCAAAACCACAGUGGAUCUAACCUUUCACAAUUGAAAUAUGUCUCCCACAUUCAUGGUAAAGUUUGUUUUAAGGUCAAAGAAAAAGGUUACAUGACUAUAGUUUCUGUCCAUUCCAUUUCUCUUGAACUGCUUGAAGGAUUUUGAAACUUGCCACAAACUUUCACCAUAUUCAGAUGAAGUCACACUUAAAGGUCAAAGGUCAUAUGACUAGGUUCAACAUAUUAUUAUCAGAUGUGCAUACAUGUAGUUGCAUACCUCAGUUUUAAAUUACAUAAACAACUUUAGUUUAGUCUAGUCAAGUCUAGUUUACUUUAUUACUGUACUGGGGUGUUUAAAGUAAAAUUAUGAACAAUAUUGGCAAUGAUAUAUGAUGAUUAAAAGUGCAACUAUGUUAUUUACAACAAUUAAAGGAUAUUAAUACCUGUUACUAAAAGCUCAAACUUGAAUAUGGUUUCCUGCGCCCUGUAUAUCUCAUAUCGGGUCACCUACUAACCCCGUAACGUAUAUAUCAUGUCGACAGCCUGUUAACAUGUUUAAAUAUUUUAUUUAUUCAUCGAAAUAUUCAUCGGAAACAGAAAAUAGACGCCAUUUUGGUACGAUAUAAAUUUGGUGACCCAAUAUGGAAAAAAAUAUGGGGUCAGCACGUGACCAGUCCUGGACCAAUGACGUUGCUUCAUUUAUGUUGGAGGCAUGAUAUUAUAAGUUACGGGGUUACUGUAGGUGUCCCGAUAUGGGAUAUACAAGGCAACGGAAACCAUAUCGGGUGAGAACAAAGGUCGAAUUUGAAUAUGGUUUCCUGGCACCGUAUAUCCCAUAUCGGGUCACCUACUAACCUGGUAAUGUAUAUAUCACAUUGACAACCUGUUUAAAUGUUUCAUUUAUUCAUCAGAAUCGGUAAAUAGACGCCAUUUUUAUUAAGAUAUAAAUUUGUUGACCAAAUAUGGAAAAAAAUAUGGGGUCAGCGCGUGACCAGUCCAGUGGACCAAUGGCAUUGCAUCAUUUAUGUUAGAGGCGUGAUAUAGAUCUGUAUAUUGUCCAGAAUCACUGCAAAUAAACAAGUCUCAGAUCUAUAUUUAGAAAUCACUGACAUAGGUCAUUAUUAUAAUCAAUUGAGCAAAUUUAGCUGAUAUAUAACCAAUUGAGAAUGCACCCUGAUUGUUUUUAUACUAGAAAUCAUGCAGAAAAAGGUGUAAUAAAGGAUACAUGUAUUUUCAUUUAGCCAAACUAAUAAAUGACCCAAAAAAUUGACUGAGUGAAAUAGCACAUUACUAACCUACAGUUUAAUGCAUUAAAAGUUAUAAUAGUAAAUAAUAAGGAUUAGGUCUCGAAAAAAGUGCCCUCUUGUUGGUGAAAAGUGGCUUAUUUCUUACUUUUUUUAACAUUGACAAUGCAAAGUAACAUACACAACACACAUAAUUAACUGCUGUAUGAAUAAAAUCUUACCGUUAUUAAAAGAUAAACAAUAAAACCUUUUUCCAAUGUCAUGUUAAACAUACAUGUAACAGCCAUUGAAAUCAUCUUGAAUAUCAGAAUGCAUACAGUCUCCUUUAUACGUAGUGAUGGUGGGUUUAAACAAGAUCAAAAUUAAUAUUUGGGUAUCAAACAUUGAUUACAAACAUACCAUAUCCCCCUGUGGAGGGAAAAAUCCCCCAGAAUUUCGACCCUUCACCUGGUCCCCCACUGGGGGAUUUAUAUCCCAUGGAAUGAAAAAAAAAAAAAAAAAAAUAUUAUAAUUUUGCAAAAAACUGUCUAAAGGUUGACAGUGAAAAGCAUCCAUAAUAUUAUGAUUUCAAAAAUUUAUUGUAACAUAAGUGUGUUUCUGUUUUUUUCUUACAUAAAUGUAGAUAUUGCGCUUGAUUUUGCUGUGUAAAAAUCUCCUAGUGUAAUACCAAAAUCCCCUGGAAUUCAGACCAAAAUCUCCUGGGAAGCCUCUCAGAAAUGUGGCGUGUAUGUAUGUGAUAUUGUGUUUUUGUUAUGAAAACGAUUUUGAAAGUAUUGAUUGAUUUUAUUUAUUUUUCGCUAGACAAUUAAUUUAUUUUAUCUGACCUACGGUCUACAGCAACUCUUGUGUUUAAACAUGUACAAAUAAUAUAAUAUAAUAUAAUAUGAUUGUUAAUAUAUAGUUUUAUUGUCUUUUGAUUGUUGUUUUAAUUAUACAGUACAUUUUAUUGUAGAUUUAUAAAUUCUUAUGAUAUGUAAUACAAUGCUCAUAAAUUUACAAUAUUAUUAAUAUUAUCCCAUAAUGAAUGGUGAAAUAAACUUUGAAAUGUU